AUGACUCAGCCAAACCCCAAUAAUUGCAAGCAUCAAUACACAUAUUAUCAUCCAAGCGGUUUCAAAGUUAUCAAAUGUGAAAGAGAUUUACCAAAAAGAUAUCCAAGUUGGAUAAAAGUAAAUAAUUUUGCAACUGAUUAUCCUCCAUACGAAACUUUAAACAUCCCAAUAGACGAGAAAAUCAUACAAUACUUCAAAACUCAUGCGAAACUUAUUCCAGAUAUUGUUUAUUUCAAAGGUUACAGACCUGUAUCAUAUUUUGACUUAUUACGUUUUAAUAGAUUCUUCACACUAACUAAUGAAGAUGUUACCAAUUUAGGAAGGUUUGCAAUGAGAGAGUUUCUCGAAUAUUACGGUGCAAAACAUUUUCAAGAAAUACAUUAUUUUCUUGCUAAUAAAUUUGCAUGUGUAAUGGAAGGUAUUAUAACAGAUUAUGCAAUAUUACAUGAUGCAGGUGAAGAUCUUAUUCAGUCAAUUAAAGAACUUGCAAAAGGAAUGAAAUACACAUAUGAUUUCACAUUUCGAGAUCAAUGGAUUCCAUACAAUCAUUAUUGUGUUCUACCAUGUAUCCAUUACAAAACAGGAAAAUACACUGAUAUUUCGAAUUAUUCCUUAGAAGAUCUUGGCCUUGAAGAACUUCAUGUCGUCAAAUGUCGCUGGCCAGGCAGAGUUGAUCAAAAUAAUUCACAAUGCUAUUUAUUGUAA